AAAAAAAAAACAUUAUGACCUGCUCUAUCAAAAGACCAGCAGGGAGGCUGCUCGGUACGCUUAUUAGGCUUUGUAUUGUUUACAACCAUAUGGAAACACACACACACACAUACACACAUCCCCUGCACGAAUGCCCUGCACGAUUCAAGAUGCGCCCUGGAUAUCAGGGAACAAACUCACGCACGAUGCUUAUGUUGUAACAGCCAUUGCUUGGAUUUAGCCAGACGCUGAAACAGAGAGGACGCGCGCGUUAUUCUUGAUAACAUCUGGAUAUUUUUUGUAAAUAAAGGCAUCCUGUCAGCGGAGCUCGAGGCCUUUGAUUCCAGCAGCGCACUCACACAUGAUCGUACGCGGUGGUCUCGAGCUCUAAACCGCCGCUGGGCUCCGCUGCCGCAGCACAACAAUAGCCGCAGCGAUAUAGGGGCGUCGCUCAACGCGACUUUUUAUUACAUUUCCUGAUACAGGAUGUAAGUUACGAAAACCUGAACGUUAUGUUUUAGAAACAUGGAAACCGAGACUCGGGAAUUGGUCUCCAUACUGUGAGCAAGUCCAGCCACCCUUCAGUAGUUUCUCCAUCUUUUUCUCACUUUGCCCUUUGCGGGUGGAGGGCAGGAUGAAUUCUCACAUCCCAACUGUCUUGCUGCUAGUCUUGAUGAUUCUGAUACCUGCUACCUGGGCAGGAAACUGUAAGGGCCAAAGACAGAUUUUGCGGGGUGUCCCAGGAUAUGUCACAGAUGGACCAGGAAACUACUCUGUGAAUGACAACUGCGAGUGGCUUAUCAAGGCUCCCAGCAGAAACCAUCGCAUUGUGCUUAACUUCACAUUCAUGGAGACGGAGUGCACCUAUGACUAUCUGUUUGUCUAUGAUGGUGAUUCCUACCAGAGCCCCCUACUGGCAAGUUUAAGUGGCACCACCCUACCACAACCAGUUGAGGCCAAGUCUGGUAAGAUGUUACUCCAUUUCUUCAGCGACGCAAACUACAACCUGCUGGGCUUCAAUGCCACCUACACGUUUUCGGUGUGCCCUGGGGACUGCGGUGGUCACGGGCGCUGUGACGUAGCUACUGCCCGCUGUCAGUGUCAUCAAGGGUGGGGAGGAAUGGACUGCAGUACCCCUCUCUGCUCCCAGGUCUGCACACAACAUGGCCACGGUCAUUGUGAUAAGACGGGUGAGCAUUGUAUCUGCAGUCCUGGCUUUGUGGGACAGAACUGUCAGCUGGCUCUCCAUGACAACAGUGGCGCGGGGCAGUGGUGGGAGGUGAGCCCAGGGGAUGUUAAAGCAGCCCCUCGCACCGCUUCUGCUGGGGUUUACCUGGCUUCCACUGGAGCAAUGUACAUGUUCGGAGGGUUUGAUCUGAAUAGAGCACUGGAGGACCUUGUUGUUUACAAUUUUUCGACCAAUAAUUGGGAACAGAGAUCGUAUUUAUAUAGUCCAGCUCCUCGACAUUCCCACACAGCAGUAGAAUGGCAAGGAAACAUGGUCAUCUAUGGCGGUGAACUUGCCAACCACUCAUUGGCCAGUGACGUCUGGGUGUACCAUGCACUGCAAGAUGACUGGCAGCAGCUCGGCCAAUCAAACGCUGCAGGGGCACCAAGGCUGGCAAAUCAUGCAGCAGCAAUAGUAGACAACUAUCUGUAUGUUUUUGGGGGAAGGACAGAGGAGGACAUGUUCUCCUCAUCACUGUACCGGUUCCGGUUGCGGAAUGGAGUGUGGGAAGCAGUUCAGCCUAGGGGCGGAAAACCACCUGCUACUGCAGGACACAGCAUGGUCUAUCAUGCCCCUUCCAAAACACUGCUGGUAUACGGGGGACACAGACCAACCACAGCUAGUGUGCGUGUGAAUUCAACUGAUGCGUUCCAUGUUGAGAAACGGUUUUGGGCUUCCUUCCGUUCACGUUUUCCUGCCAGUGGCCCAAGGGAGAGAGCAUUCCACUCUGCCACUAUCAUCGGCAACUAUAUGGUGGUGUACGGAGGGAAUGUGCAUAUCCACUAUAUGGAAGAGAAGUGCUAUGAUGAGGAGAUCUUUUUCUAUCAUCUUGGUUGCCAUCAGUGGGUGUCUAUUGGAGGGAUCCUCAGUCAGCGAGGUGGGUCAGUGAGGGGCCGAUAUUCCCAUGUUGCUGCCGUCAUGGAGGGACGAGUGCUGCUAGUUGCAGGCGGUUACAGUGGUGUUGCCCGUGGUGACCUUGUGGCCUAUAAAGUACCGCUGUUUGUAAGCAGUGACCCAGGAGACAGGGACACAGUAUGUGCUGAAGCUCCAGAUGAAAGCUUAUGCCUCAAGAAUCCAGAGUGCAGUUGGUGUGAGGGUCGCUGCCGGGAAUACCAGCCCACCAACCCGUGUGGCAGCACUGGAUGUCUGGGCCUGGCUCGUUUUUUGUCGGACUGCCAGUCGUGUCUGGUGUUCAGUGGGGUACCAAACUCUCUGCCACGAGUUUCUGGGGAAUUCGGUUGGUGUGUGCAGAAUGAGUCCUGCUUGCCUGUUUCAGAGCGCAGUGCAUGCCACGUGGACCAGAUCUCUGGGGCGUACGGCUGGUGGGGGGAGCGCACGCGUUUCCUCACCUCCCUCCACUUCUGUCGCACCGAGAACUAUGUCCCGGGACUGCACCUGCUCACCUUCCAGCAUCCACGCAAUCAGUCACAGCCUGACAAGGUAUCUAUCCUGCGCAGUACUUCCAUCAUCCUCAAUCCCUCUACAGAGAUGGAUGUGACACUGCAGUUUCGGGGUUUCAUUCAUCCUUUAUGGGGCGCCCCUCCUCCUGCAGCGCCACCCCAGGAAACUGUUGCCAUGUGGGCUCGAGUUCAGAAGCUCCACUUUACUGCUCAGAUGGCUGCUGGACCCAACUCCCUUCAACUGACGGAUGUGCUAGGAAGGUGGUCCGCUCAGGAGGAGAAGGAGAUUCGAAUGCUAUCUCGGCCGGAUGGUUCCUGUCUGUUCCAGAAUCUUACACGAGGAAACUGGUACCUUAUCCAGGCGGAGGGCUACCUUAAUAACUCCGCAUCAGGACAGACUAGUGAGAUGGCUCUUACCUGGAACCGCACAGCUUUACCUGGUGGCAGC